AUGACCGACCGUGCAACGGCAGCACCGCUCACCGUCUUGGUGCGCGGCGGCGAUUCCGGUCUCGCUGCGGAUACGCGCAUACUUGUACAGAGCGAUGCUAUGAAGCAACGCGGCUUUGUCACGGGUGCACACGUCGCGUUGCGCCGCACACAGACGACUUUGUUUGCUGGCACGGCAUGGCCUGCAUUUGAUCUCGAAAAAGACCAAGUAUCAGUGCCGAUGAUGCUUGCUGCGCCUGCUGGAUUACGGGACGGCGAAAAGGUCCAGCUUUCCAUGCUCUCUGUGGCUAGACAGGAUGGCUUCGUGGCGCAAUCGCUUGCCGUGGAUUUGGUGCGCGUCGCAGAAAAAAAUCCUGCGCCCGACAUGGCGUCUGCACUCUUGCAGGAACUCUUGCGCACUAUUUUACUGCACACGACAGUCGAUAUUGGCGCGGUAUACCUUGGCUCCAAGCUUCAAUUUGCGUUCCAGGGGUGCACAUACAGCGCCACAUUUGCCAGUGCCGCUGCGGAACGCGACGGAGCAAUGCACACAAUCCAGCGUAGCAUCGUUUUCUGCACUCGCAAGACACAGCUGCUGAUUCAAGUACAGAAAGAAGAAGACAAGGGCGCAUUGGUCGACGCCUCGGCUUACCACACGCUCGGUGGCCUCGACGCGCAAAUUUCAACGAUACGCACCUUGGUUGAGCUGCCGCUCACGCGCCCGGCGCUGUUUGACGAGUACGGACUGCAGCCUCCGCGCGGCGUGCUUUUGUACGGGCCGCCUGGGACGGGAAAGACGUCGCUGGCGCGCACGGUUGCUGCGUCGUUGCGUGCAGAAGUGGUCACCAUCAAUGGCCCCGAGCUGUCCAGCAUGUAUCAUGGCGAGACCGAGUCCAAGUUACGCGCCGUAUUCGAACGCGCAGCGAGCUAUGAGCGAUGUAUCAUUAUUAUAGACGAGAUCGAUGCACUUGCGCCGCGGCGCGAUGGGAGUGCGUCGGUAGCCAGCGAAGGCGCGGGCGAGGUCGAGCGGCGUGUAGUAGCAACAUUGCUCACGCUCCUGGACGGCGUGGGAAUCGGCGAUGAGAAGCGUUCGCGUGUGGUUGUGAUUGCCGCGACGAACAGGCCAAACGCACUCGAUCCGGCCUUGCGCCGACCUGGACGACUCGAUCGCGAGAUUGAAAUCGGCGUGCCCGAUGCGACGGCGCGCCACGCAAUUUUGACCGUGCUCUUGCGCAGCGUGCCGCAUGCAUUGGGCACCGAGGGCAUUGCCGGCAUUGCCGCACGCACACAUGGAUACGUUGGCGCCGAUCUUGCGGCGCUCGUGCGCGAGGCAGGCAUGGCCGCGAUCCAGAGGCGCGUACAGUCUCCGGACUUGGCGAAUCUUUCACUGGAAGCACGGGUCGAGCCGGUGCUGAUGCGCGACUUUUUGCACGCACAGGCAGUGGUGCGGCCGUCGGCGAUGCGCGAAGUGUUUGUCGAGACGCCCAAGGUGCGGUGGUCGGAGAUUGCCGACGGCGGCGACGAGGAAACAAUGCCGGACGGCACGCUCGUCCCCAGCGUCAAGCGCCAGGUGCGCGAGUGUGUAGAAUGGCCACUCACACACGCGGCAUCUUUUCGUCGUCUCGGUAUUGCAGCGCCGCGCGGCGCGCUUUUGUACGGGCCGCCAGGCUGCAGCAAAACGCUCACCGCAAAAGCACUCGCGUACGAAAGCGGCUUGAAUUUCAUUGCCAUUCGAGGACCCGAGCUGGUGAGCAAGUAUGUCGGCGAGUCGGAGCGCGCGAUUCGCGAAAUGUUUCGUCGCGCGCGGUCUGCUGCACCUGCCAUCAUCUUUUUCGACGAGCUCGACGCAAUUUCAGGAGUGCGCAGUAUGGAGUCGAGUAACGCGUCAAACGACCGCAUUGUCGCGAGUUUGCUGACAGAGAUGGAUGGGAUUGAUAAUGCGAGCCAUGUCGUGGUGGUUGCUGCGACGAAUCGGCCGGAAUGCAUUGAUAGCGCGCUGCUGCGCCCUGGGCGUAUAGAUCGGCUUGUGUAUGUCGGGCCUCCGAACCAGGCAGCCAGGCGAAAAAUAUUGGAAAUGCGCGCAGCCCACAUGGCGUUUGCGCCGGGCGUCGACCUGGACGCGAUUGCAGCAUGGGCGGAGGGAUGUUCGGGCGCGGAAGUGGUAUCCAUCUGCCAAGAAGCGGGCUUUCUCGCAAUGAACGAAAACAUGGAGUGCGAGUACAUCGAGGCGCGGCACCUUGAACAGGCCGCACAAUCCAUGAAACGGCGCAUAUCGCCCCUGUUGUUGGCCAAGUAUGCGCAGUGGGGCCAUAGCAUGCAAUAG